CCUGCGCGUUUCAAAAUUCAUAAAAUACCCCUAAAGUUCUGUACUGUUCAUUAAAUGCUCCUGGAUUUAACGGACGUUAGCUUGCCGUUAGUGACGUUUUACCAAUUUGCCCUUAAUUGUUGUUUGGCGCGAUUUAGGUAACAAUUGUGACUGAAAUUCCAAAAAAAAAAAAAACUUCUCAACUUCUCUUCUUUCUCUCUCCUUUCCCCUGUUCUUCAACCCUCAUCAAUUCUACUGUAACUGACAAAAUUCUGGGUAGAUCUUCAAGAAUUUAGUGAAAUUUGUUGCGUUCUCUUUUGGCGAGUUCGUGGGUGUUCGUUUGGUGAAUUCGCGACAAAAAGGGGGCAACUUGGAGGCGAUUUAGAGCUUCGGGUGCAGUGGACGAACAAGGGCCCUUUUCCUAGUUGGAUUAUCUACUUCAAGGUAAUAAUUCCUUCUUCGCUGAUUUAUUUUGCUUGUAAAGUACAAUUUUUUUCGCGAAAUUGAUUAGGGUUAGGGUUUUGCGAAAUUGUCAGUGAUUUUUUGAAAUUGUCAGUUGAGAUUAAUUGAUUGGUUAGAAGUUAGUUAUUCCUUGGAUUUGUUGUGAAUAAUUGUUUGGUUAGUUGUAAGUUGUGAUUGUGACCUGUUGAAUUUCAUUGUGAUCAUGAUUGUGGUUGUUUAUUGAUGAAUUGUUGUUGGUUGAAUCGAAAUUCAUGUUUUUUUUCCUUAAAUUUUCCCUUUAGGAUGACUGCAAUGUGGUUGUUAUUGCAUCAUGGAUCACAUAGCUUUGAUGUGAGAGUUACAGACAUGGAAAAGUAUCGUCUUUUGAGGUUGUUUUUGGAUAUUUUUGAGGAAUCUGUUAGGCAGGAUGUGUUUUUACCUAGUACAUUUGCCCUGUUUAUUGAGUCUCCCUGUGGUAGAGUUGAGUUGGUAGAUGAUAAGACAAUGAAGCUAAUGUGGGGAUGGAAUUGGGGUAAGGACACUGCUGAAAUAUGGGUUGAGGGUACAGACAAACCAGGAGUGGUGUUUAGAAAUGCUGUUGCCACAAUUGAGCAUCAUAGGAAGGAGAGUGAGAGAAAGCUCAAAGAGAGACAAGAUGAACUUCUUAGGGCUCAAAGAAAGGAGGAAGAGGAAAUGAGGAAAAAACAGGAGAGAGAGGACAUUUUAAGGGAACUUCAAGAACAAAUGGAGUACACAAUAGCUGUGGAGGUGCCUGUGGUUGAUUGUGAGGACUUAAGCACUGAGUAUGUGAGGAUUAUAAGCAAGGAUGGUGCUGAUGAGGUGUUUCCAGGAGCCUCUCAACCACAACCCACACAAGAAUCUUCACCCUCCAAAAAACCUACUUCUCCUAAACCAAAACAAAAGGCCAAAGUCAAGCCAACUACUCCAAAAGCUCCUAAGGUUCCUAAAGCCAAGAAACUGACCCCUAAGAGGAGACCCACCCCAACUCAAAAACAGGCCACACCAAAGGCAAAAAAACCCACCCCAACAACAAAAAAGCCCACCUCAACACCACAGCAACCCACCCCAACUCCAGAACAAUCAAUCCCACCAGCACAGCAACCCACCCCAACAACACAGCAGCCCAUCCCACCACCACAGCAACCCAACCCAUCACCACAAACACACCCCACCCAUUCCCCACCACCACAGAACACCCAAAAUGAUCAACCACCCCAUUCCCCACCACCACAGAACACCCAAAAUGAUCAGCCACCCCAUUCAACACCAACACAGAAUCAGUCUGAAGCUGUUAAAAGGAAGGGGGCCAGAACUAGACCUACAGGGUUCAGGGUGAACAAAGUGACUGCCAAGAAAGCUGGAACUUGGGUAUCCAAAGGGAAGGGCAUAGGUAGGAAGGGUACAAGGAGGUCAAAGAGUGCAAGGGUGUUCACUGAUAUUGAGGAUAUAGGUUCAGAAGAGGAGAGUGAGGAUUCAGAUUGGGAGGAAUCUGAACCAGACAAUGAACUAGAGGAGGAUAAACUUGAUGAUUGGGUUGACUCUGAUGUGGAGGCUGAGGUAAUAACAGAUGAUGUGCCUGACUUAUUGUUUGAGGAAUGUUUGGAUGGUUCUAGUAAGAUGGAUAAGGCCUACAAGAAUGGAAAGAUAUGGACUCAUCAACCAUAUGGGUCCAUCAAAUUAGAACCUUGGUUGAUCUUUCCAGACAAGUCCACUUUCCUAGAUGUUUUGAGGAGUUUUUGCAUACAAGAGGGGUUUGGACUAAGUGUUGAGAGGGCUGACAGUAAGAGGUACACUGCAGUGUGUGCAAUAGAAACUUGUGACUGGAGGAUACAUGCAAGUAAGAUGUUUGACAGUGUCAGUUGGGCUAUUAAGGGGAUCAGUGGGUGCCACAAAACUUGUGGGAGAUUGGAGGAGAACCCUGUGGUGACCUCUGAGUGGCUAUGUAAGAACAUGAUGAGUCUAAUUGAGGCCAACACUGAAAUUCCUGUUGAGACAUUGAGAAGGUAUGCACAGGAGACAUUUCAAUUGAGGGUUAAAAAGAGAUUGUUGUACAAAGUAAGGAGUAUGGCAGUAGAGAAGAUACAUGGUGGUUGGGCUGAGGCUUAUGAGUUGCUUCCUAGGUAUGCUGAGAUGAUUAAACAGACAAACCCAGGAAGUUAUGCACUGAUUUCAUGGGGUGCUACAAGUGGGGAUGUGAACCCCAAGUUCAGAGCUUGUUUCUUCUCCUUUGCUGCUCAAGUCAAGGGGUUUUUGAGGGGGUGCAGGCCUAUAAUUGGAAUAGAUGGGGCUCAUCUAAGUGGGUUUUACAAGGGAAUCCUACUCACAGCUGUUGGCAUUGAUGGGAACAAUGAAAUAUUUGUUCUGGCUUAUGGGAUAGUGGACACUGAGAGCUGUGAUAGUUGGACACAUUUCAUGAGAUGCUUGAGGCAGAUGUUUGAGCAAGAGGGUUGCAACAAAGAUGAUUGGACCUUCAUCAGUGACAGGAUGAAGGGAGUUGACUUGGCAGUGAGAGAUACUUUUCCUAGAGCUACUAGGAGAGUUUGCUGCCAACACUUGUACAUGAAUUGCAAAAACAAUGGAUUUAGUGGAUCUGCUUUCUUCAAACUGUUUUGGAUAGCUGCAAAUGCACACAAUGAGUAUGUGUAUGGUAAAGCAUUAGAGAAGAUCACUGCUCAUGAUCCAAAUGCUGCUGCAUACUUGGACACAUGCCAGGAGCAGUGGUCCAGGCAUAUGUUUGACCCUGCUGUUUGUUGUGAUCACAACACAACAAACUUUGUGGAGUCAUUCAAUGCAUGCACAAAACCAUACAGAGACAUGCAUGUAUUCUCAUUGUUGGAAGCAAUCAGAAAGUGGUGUAUGGAGAGGGUUGGGGCAAGAUUUGACAUGGCAAUUGAUAUGGAGGAUGGUCAGUUGACUGAGUAUGCCAAGAAAGAGGUGGAUGAAAGAACAGGAGAGUCUAGGUUCUGCUAUGCUACAGCCUGUGGUGGGGGGGAAUUUGAGGUCAGAGAUGCACAUGUGAACUUCCCCAUCAGGUUAUCAACUAGAAGCUGUGGGUGUGGGAAGUGGCAAAUUUCUGGAAUCCCCUGCAAGCAUGCACUCAGGGUGAUUUAUGACCAAAGGCUGAACCCCAUUGAUUUUGUCUCCCCAUUCUUCAAGUCUGCUGCAUACAAGCUUACAUAUGCAGACCACAUUCACCCCAUGUCAGACCCAACACAGUGGCCUAACUUUUCUCUCCCUACCAUUCAGCCUCCAGUCAUCAAAAGACAAGCUGGCAGACCUGCUAAGAAGAGAAAGAGAGGACCAAAUGAACCCAGGAAGGGGAAGAGAAACAGCAAUGUGAAAUGUGGAAAGUGCAGGGAGUUUGGUCAUAACUCAAGGACAUGUAAGAAUGGAGGACCAAGCACUGGACCAAGCACUUCAGCAGCAGCAGGAGCAAGUACAUCACAAGGGGGUUCAAGGGGGAGAAAAAGAGCAAACACAGCAACUUAACCAUGCACAAAGUUAAAAGUUAGUCAGUUUUUGGUGAAUUGUAGGUGCACAAAGUUAAAAUAGCUUAGGCAAUUUACAAUUAGUAUCACUUUUUGGAAAGAACACAAUUGCUUAGACAAGAUGUUUUUGUGCAGUUUCAGUGGCAUUUGUCCACUUAGAAAUCAGUUUUUGUAAAGCUCAUAUGCUUAAACAAGUGAUGUUCUUGCUUGAAAUUUGUUACAACUCUACUUCAUUGCUAUCCAAAUUAGAAAUGCAAACAUUAUUACACCAAUUUUUAUUGCAAACUUGAAUUGUUGUUUCUGUUGUUUCAGUUUCUUCUUCAAUAGCUUCAACUCUUCAUGCAUUCCCCUGCUUCCUUCUUGCAUUCCCCUGUUUUCUUCUUGCAUUCCCCUGUUUUCAUCAGCUCUGUUUCCCUUGCUUUGAGCUUCAUCAAAUGUCUGCUCAACAAAACCUUUGCACCACUUGAAAUUAUCACAAGAAUCACACUUGUAGUAAAGCUUUUGCGGAUUUUUAGCCGUUUCCGAGCUCCUAAUUGCAAAUCUUCUCCCACAAUUGCAGUUUUUAUUUGGAACUCUUAGGUAUGACAAACUUGGGAUGGAAGAGGAUCCGGUUUUUGAAUUAGAACUCAUGGCUAUUUAGGAAAUAGAGGGCUAAACAUGGAGCAAGUCAAGUGAACAACAGCCUUACUUAUAGGCAGCAUGAACAUAACGGCUAUAUUGAAUUAAAACUAGUCGUUGGAUUCAAAUUAUGAAGUUUGGGUAUUUGGUGCAAAGAACUUUACAAAUAGGUGUAUACUAUGCAAAACCUUUAUAUUUAGGUGCAUUUUAUGAAUUUUAAACAUGACUUAACGGAGGACUAACGGAAAGUCAUAAUAGGGGUAUUUGGUGAACAGUUUUGAGUAAAUAGGGGUAUUUUAUGAAUUUUGAAACGCGCAGGUGUAUUUGGUGCAUUAUUGCAAACCUCAGGGGCAUUUCAUGA